AUGAAUAUCAUUCAAUUUUCUCAUGUCAAAACUGAAUCAGAAGACAUAACUAAACUUACUCCUUCUUCCACUAAAACAACAUAAUUACUAUAUCCAGUUCAAGAUGAUAUCAUGACUCCUGUCUAAGGCAAAAUAAAAUUAAAAGAUAGUUUCAAUGAAUUCUUAGAUGGUCGGAUCAACACAUUUUAACUUCUUUAAGCAAAAAAUUGUCCUCGUUUACAUUAAUAAUAAUAAAUUGAAUAACAUGAAAAAUAAUAAAGAGAAAGAGAAUCAAAGGGUAUGGUAAUUUUGGGUCCAUUACUUAGAUUUAAACAUAAAUAUAAACAUGUAAAAACUUAGUCUGAAGAAAGAAUCAAUUAUCUUAAAACUAAGAUAGCUGCCCUUAAUAAUCUAAUUAAAUCUAAAGUUGUAAAUAGAAAGAAGGAUAAUGAUGAAAAACGUAGAAGAAGUUUAUAAAAUGUUGGACUACUAAAAUCAAUAGUCGAAGCAUCAGAAAAUAUUAAUAAGAAAAUUGAAUAGGUUGAGACUUAUGAAAAAAUGGUACCAUAAAUGAAAGCAUUAAAAACUGUUACAAUUAGUUAUGAUGAUUAAAAGUUAUUUAGAAAAUAAUAACUUAAGUCAAAAUUAAAUACAUAAACUUUAACUAAUCCAAAAUUAUUUCUCAAAACCUAAUUAUAAGAUUCAAGCAAAUAAUUUUUAAAAGAAUUAGAAUAGAUGAAUGAAAAGAAACAAUAAAAUUUAGAUAAACUUUCUAGAAUGAAAUUACUGUCUGAUAAUAAAUUAUAAAAAACACAUAAAUAUGAUCUCUUUGUUAAAGAAGUCUUAACAUAUAAAGAUAUUGAAUUAUAUGAUUAUCUACAUUAAUAACCACAAUAGGUUUCAUAUAGAUGUCAUUUUACAAAUCAAGGAGAAGAAACUGCAAAUAUAAAUUAGCCCAAUUCUUAAAAAAAACCACUUAAAAAAAAUCAUAAAAAAUAUAAAACUCUUACUGAAAGUAAUUAUUAAUAAAUUCUUGAUGUUUCUGAUACAUCCUCUUUACAAUCUGCAUAUGAAAUACAUUUAGAUAAUUUAUAUACUUAAACAAUAGAAGUGAAAAAGUAAUUGUUAAAGAAAUCUGUAUUACCAAAAAGAAUCCGAUAAAUGAUAAAACUUGAUGAAUUGGGUAAAUAGACUCUACAUACUAGUACUCAUAAACUUAAACAUUGA